AUGUCUUCGAAAAAAUAUAACAGAAAGAGAAGACUAGAUUUAUCCGAUGAGGAAAAGGUGGAUGAAUCAAAAAAGCAAUCGAAAGGUGGCUUGAAUGUUGACAUCCAUCCUCUCUUGAGAGAAAUGGUAAGUUUGCCAACAAUUCCAAAAAACCAUAAUCCUUUAAAGCAGAAUGCCAGGAGCAUUUUUGAUCCUACAGCACUUAACCCAUAUGUGAGCCAGGAGAAUAUACAUACACAAUUUCACAAACCGAGACCUUUAAUUAUCAACCCAAAGGGGAAAUAUGUUUCCAAGGGAAACGAGAUGAGAGCUAAGUUGAUGGAGGAUAAAAUCAAGGAACAAGAAAUAGCAGAAUUAAGAGCUAAAAACUUGUUGGCUGAUGAAAAUAUUCAGGAAGUUAGGUAUAAGCCCCAGCAACCUCCACUAAUAGAAUGGUGGGACAAACCCUAUAUUCGAGCUCGACUGUACAACGAGUUUAAAGACAAGAAGCUCGACUUCUUUUUGGAGCACGAAGAUGCACCUGUCUCCAUCUACAUACAGCAUCCUGUUCCAGUACAACCUCCCUGGGAAAAGCACAUUGUUCAAGAAAAGGCUAUGUUUUUGACGAAGAAGGAGAUGAAACGUGCCCGCCGGAACGAAAGACAGGCAAGACAUAAGGAGAAACAAGAUCGGAUCAGAUUGGGCUUAGAUCCGCCUCCACCACCGAAAGUGAAACUUUCAAACUUGAUGAAUGUCCUCACGAAUGAAGCCAUCAAGGACCCAACAGGAGUUGAAAUGAGGGUACGUAAAGAAGUGGAAGAAAGACUUGAGAAGCAUUUGCAGGAAAACGAAGCAAGGAGGUUAACCCCAGAGCAAAAACACGAAAAGAUCAAAGCUAAACGUGAGAAUGAUUUGCAGCGGGGCUACUUUACGACUGUCUACAAAGUGAAUACACUCGAAGACCCUCAACACUUUUUCAAAGUGGACAUGAAUGCCAAACAGCUUGAUCUCUUCGGCAUAGUGCUCAUCAACCCUCGAUUCAAUCUCAUUAUUGUGGAAGGGGGUGCCAAAAGCAUAAAGUUUUACAAAAAACUCAUGACUAAGCGUAUUAAAUGGAAUCAGUCGAACAGUGACGUUGAUGUCAGCAACAAUAAAUGUACAAUCCUUUGGGAGGGUCAGCUCAACGAGCUUCUGUUCAAAAAAUGGUCUCCAAUGUAUACACAGGAUGAUGAAGAGGCUUACAAAGUUUUAAAUAAAUUUGGCCACGAGAACUACUGGCGAGAAGCAUUUGAUGCUUGA